UGAAGGUUUGGCUUUAAACCAUUUUAUCUGCUGACUCAGCUUAAAUCUGUAAAUGUGGCUGCUGGUGGGCCGAGGCCCCCGGUGUUUGACGCUCCUCGCUCCGCCCCUGCUGCUGCUGCUGAUGCUGGUGGUGAUGCUGAGGAGGAGGAGGAGGAGGAGAUGCAGACUCAGAGCAGCAGAGACACUCUGUCCCUCCGCUCCUGUCUCGGCUCCGUCUCGGCUCCCCGCUCCGCUUCAGCCGCAACGAUGUGGUGCAUUAACUGCGCCUCGGACAAAACGCCGCCGAUCCUCAACAACAAGCUGCUGUACUGUGUGGAGGGGGACUCUCAGUGUCCGGAGGCUCUCACUUUCUCUGAAUCAUCCUUUGGCCAUCCGCCUCCCUUCCAUCGCUAYAGCAACAGCCCCCUCACCAGCCCCGUUGACCCCUACGGUCCUGUUUCCACCGGCGGGCCCCUGGGAGCCUCUUACCCACAGACACAGGGCAGCUCCCCCAUCUCCCCCCCMAGCCCGGCGAGCCUCGCCUGGGCUCAGCGCAGCAGACAUCAGCCGGCCAGCCUGGCGCUCCGCAAGCAAGAGGAGGAGGAGAGCAAACGCUGCAAGGCUCUUUCUGACAGCUAUGAGCUCUCUACAGACCUCCAGGACAAGAAGGUGGAGAUGUUGGAGAGGAAGUACGGGGGACAGUUUGUGUCCCGGCGGGCAGCGAAGACCAUCCAGACGGCCUUCAGACGGUACCGCAUGAACAAGAAGUUCGAGAGGCUCCGCAGCUCAGCCUCUGAGAGCAGAAUGACCCGCCGCAUCAUCCUGUCCAACAUGAGGCUGCAGUACUCGUUUGAUGAGCGGCAGCCACAGGGUCCGGGACCAACGGGUCAGCAGGGUUCAGAUGACACCGGAGACGUGGACGACUCGUUCUCAAAACAGGUCAAGUCUCUGGCCGACUCCAUGGACGACUCCCUCACCUGCCAGUCCGGUCGUGAAGACUCGCAGGACGUUGGAGGGGAAGGCGAGGAUGAUGAGGAUGAGGAAGAGGGCGACGAGGAAGAGGAAGAAGAGGAAGAGGAAGGGGAGGAGGACGAGGAGGAAGACGAAGAGGACUACAGACAGUGCGGGUGGCGCAACACAAACACGGCCUCCAGACGAGCGGCUGGCCCGGUGGGAGGAGGCCGGGGAGGAGGAGCCGCCAUGCACGAGGACAGCACCGCCACCUCCUUCAGCGACGUCACCCUGUACAUGGACGAGGGCUGCCUCYCCUCCUCGCCGCUCUCCCGACCCGCCUCUAGCUCCGAUACAGACUACUGGGGCGGAGGAGGAGCAGGGGGGAGGGAGGACAGCAGGGAGACGGAGGGAGGCAGCAACGCCAGCCGGAGGAGCAGCACCCCCUGCACCGAGUGUCGGGGGGAGUACAGAGGGAGGGCGGGGGGAGGAGGAGGGGGAGGACACCUCCCCGUCCUGACCAUAGAACCGCCCAGUGACAGUUCAGUGGACAUGAGUGACAGGUCAGAGCGAGGAUCCAUCGGUCGCCUGGUCUACGAACAGGAACCAUCAGGAGUGGAGCGAGGAGGAGAACGGGCGCUGGUGGGAGGAGACGAGGAGGGCGAGAGCGGAGAGGAUGAGCGAGGUGGAGGAGGCGGAGUCAGCAGCGARGCCGACUCCCCGCAGGGAACCAUCAAACACAAACCGAACGGCCGCUCGGUGGCCCUGGCGCAGGGACAGACCCGCAGCCCCGCCAACGUCCCCCUGCCCAUGCCGUCGGCUCGGACCCUCCCGCCUCACCCCAUCCAACACCCCCACCCUCACCCCCACCCCUCACCCAUCCCUCACCUGCCCACCAUCCUGCACCACCACCCGCAGUACAGCCAACCACACAUCAUGCACAUGCACCACGUGCACGGCGGCAGCCCCUACAUGCCGCACCACUUCGCCCAGCACCACUACCACCACCUGCACCACCACCACCUCCCCCACUCUUACCCAGAGCCCCCUUCGUCCCCGCUGCCCUCCCCGGUCCCGCCACUGUCGCCGCUGCCCCCGCCGCUCACGCCCUCCCCGCUGUCCUCCGCCUCCUCCGCGGCGCUCCAAAGCAUGGAGGCGCAGCAGCAGCACCUGGCCCACCACGCCCACCUGCACCACCACCACCUGCUGUGCUCCGACGGUGACAACGAGAGCGUCAACUCCACCACCACCAACUCCAACGACGACACCACCAUCAACAACUGCAGCUCCGGCUCCUCGUCGCGCGACAGCCUGCGGGAGCCCCUGACGGGCGCCACRCUGGGCAAGCAGACCUACCAGAGAGAGAGCCGCCACAGCUGGGACUCGCCCGCCUUCAACAACGACGUGGUGCAGCGGCGGCAGUACCGCAUCGGACUCAACCUGUUCAACAACUGCGUCCUGGAUGAGAUGGACUUCUCUGGGAUGGACCUGGACGAAGCUCUGAGGAAGUUCCAGGCUCAGAUCAAGGUUCAGGGUGAAGCUCAGCGAGUGGAGCGGCUGGUGGAGGCCUUCAGUCAGCGAUACUGCGUCUGCAACCCGGUUCUGAUCCGUCAGUUCCAGAACCCGGACACCAUCUUCAUCCUGGCCUUCGCCAUCAUCCUCCUCAACACGGACAUGUACAGCCCCAACGUCAAGCCUGAGAGGAAGAUGAAGCUGGAGGACUUCAUCAAGAACCUGCGGGGUGUGGAUAACGGCCAGGACAUCCCCAGGGACCUGCUGGUGGCCAUCUACGGACGCAUCCAGAAGUGGGAGCUGAGGACCAACGAUGACCACGUGUCCCAGGUCCAGGCUGUGGAGAGGAUGGUGGUCGGCAAGAAACCCGUGCUGUCGCUGCCUCACCGCAGGCUGGUCUGCUGCUGUCAGCUGUUCGAGGUUCCGGAUCCGAACCGGGCUCAGAGGAGCGGGGUCCAUCAGAGAGAAGUCUUCCUGUUCAACGACCUGCUGAUGGUGACGAAGAUCUUCCAGAAGAAGAAGACUUCGGUGACGUACAGCUUCAGGCAGUCGUUCCCUCUGCUGGACAUGCAGGUCCACACCUUCCAGAACAGCUACUAUCCUCACGGCAUUCGCCUGACGUCUGCGAACCCCGGAGGAGAGAGGAAGGUGCUGAUCGUCUUCACGGCUCCGAGCCAGCAGGACCGAGCCCGCUUCACCUCCGACCUCCGAGAGAGCAUCGCUGAGGUCCAGGAGAUGGAGAAGUACCGGGUGGAGUCUGAGCUGGAGAAGCAGAAAGGUGUGAUGCGUCCCGGCAUCCUGGUUGGAGCGGGAGGGGUGGGCAUGGCAGGGGGCGGGGCCAGCUCRGGCGGCGGUGGCGUGAAGAACGAGGUGGUGAACGGCACCCUGGGUAGGCCCAGCCUGGACGACACAUACGCCUCGGUGGACGGACUCAAACGCACGGCGCUCAGCUCCUCGCUCAGAGAUCUCUCAGAGACGGGGAAGCGAGGUCGUAGGAACAGUGUGGGUUCAUUGGACAGUACCAUUGAAGGUUCCAUUAUUAGCAGCCCCCGGCCGCACCAGCAGCGCCCCCCAGUGGCUGCCAGCCUGUCCUACAGCCCCAUGAUGGUGCCUUCUUCUCCAGCAGCUUACCGGCCACACCGCCCUACUCAGAGCCCCGGUACAGGGGUGGGGGGUGGGCCGGGGCUCUGUCACAACCAAGGAGGGGUCAGCACCUCUCCUCUCGCGAGCGGGGGAGGGGCUGGGGCCGGAGGAGGGAUGGUGGGUGGGGGUGGCCCGACUCCAGGAAGCCGAAUGGGGAAUUUCUUCGGCAGCCGAAGAGGCAAGGUUCCUGGUCCCCUGACGAUGAUGUCACCCCCACCUCAGGGUCCUCCGAGUCCUCUGAUGAUAUCGUCACCCCCACACUACCCCGCCCCCGCGCCUCCCAUCCCCCUCCCCUCCUCCCCUUCCCCAUGCCCCUCCCCUUCGCCCAACCUCGGUCCGUCCGACUCGGGCGGAGUUGGAGGGGGCGGAGGUAUUGGAGGGGGGCCGUCCAAGCUCCAGGCUUUGCACGCCCAGUACUGCCACGUCAACAGUGGAGGAGGCGGAGUCAGUGGGCACCCGCAGCAGCAGACCCCGCCCCCUCCCUAUCACCACCAUCACCGUUACCACAUGCAGAGCGUCCCGCAGCACCACGCCCUGACGCACCGCUUCUCCGCACCCCAACGGCAAGGCUGCGUCCCCCCCCACCCCCUGCAGCUGCAGAGGCUGCCGCCGGGCUCCGCCCAGCACCCGCGCUACAACAUGGCGGCUGGCUUCACCACGCCCCCGCCRCUGUCCCCACACUCCCCCGUCACCCCUACUACCCCGCACGGACUCUAUCACCCGGGCCGGCCGGGGGGCGGCGCCAAGCUCCCGCUGACCAUCUCGCACUCCCAGCCCCACCCCCACGCGCACACKCACUCUCACAACCACGCCGUGCACAUACACUCCCCCCUCAGUCCCUCGCCGUCCGCCAACGCCUCCACCCACUUCACCUUCUCCACCCCACCGCCGCAAACUCCCUCGGCCCGCCUCGUCAGCCAGACGGCCCCCCAGCCCUACGCGCCUCAGUAUCCACCCCUGUCGUCUAUCCCGCCUCCCCCUCCGCACUCCCCCUUGCCUCCCCCGUCCGCCGCCCCGCUCUCCCCGCUGCCCCCAGGGGCGGGGCAGGGCGGCGGCCCCAAGGCCAAGCCCGUCAGCCGGAUCAGCACGGUGGUGUGAGGCGGCAGUCCUCGGGGGCCGUGAUUGACCCCGCUACCAGCCACCAGGGGGCGAUAGUGAGACUGAGCACCCGCAGGAAGAGGAAGAGGAGAGGGGGAGGGCAGGUGCAGGUGCUUCAAGACAACCGCCUGAUGAAGAGGAGGGCAAUAAGAGCAGGAAAGAGGAAGCUACUCAGCCUGUGUUAUUUUCAUAUCGACUUUCCUCACAGAUGAAACGAACAUCUGGACGACAUUUUGAUGAACUUUGAUCCCUGCAGGAAAAAAAAAACCUUCUGGUUCAGAAAGAUGAAGGAGAACUUCUGCUUUAGUGUUCAUAACAUCCUCAUCUUCCCUUCAUAGAUCCCUGAGCCGGCGGACAUGUUUGUAGUCCUUCAGACGGAACGUUGGCUCUCUACAUGUCAUGGUGAACAAACGUUCAGCGACCGGACCUGAAGGGACCCAGACCUGGAGGGACCCGGACCUGAAGGGACCCGGACCUGAAGGGACCCGGACCUGAAGGGACCCGGACCUGGAGGGACCCGGACCUGGAGGGACCCGGACCUGAAGGGACCCGGACCUGGAGGGACCCGGACCUGGAGGGACCCGGACCUGGAGGGAACCAGAUGAGGGUUAGAGCGAACGACCAUCCUGGGUUAAAGUUCAGGGUUUUCUUUUUGAGAGCAGGAAGAGUUCUUAAACAACCAAUCACAGUCUAACUCCGCCCUCGUUUUGAGUUUGGACAUGUCUAAAAGCCAUGAGGCGUGAACAGAAGUGGUUAGCAUCAGUAUCGCUGUAGUUUCUGUGUUUUAGAGCGGCAUGCGUGUCCUGUGCAACAUCUACUGAGUAUCGAUGUCUGUGGGUAAUAUUCAAACGGAGGGAUUUGUCGCGGUUUAAAAACCCAAUCCAGCAUUUAUUUGGACACUUUAUGUGGACGAUAAACUUUUUAAGACCUUUAAAAAAGCCAUCAACAAAUCUACAGGUGUCUUUUUACCUUUUUGACUGAAAGCUUUGUGUUUGUGGAUUACAGGGUUUCAGCAGGGGGCACUGAGCGGGACUUCUCCAGUUUCCCGACAUUAUUUAUGCAUUUUUUAGGUUAAAUCCCAUUAAACCUGUAAAUGUUCUCCCCUUUAAUCAAGUAUCCCAGUGUAUAUGAAGUAACACAAUCUGUCACCUGUAUUUUGUGCUCAUGAUGUGUGAGAGUUUGUAAAGUUGCCAGAGAAGGAGAUUAAGCUGAAAGGUGCCAAAAUAGAAAAAUAUCAUCUUUUUCUUUCUCUGAUUAUCCGACACUGAUGCAGGCAGGGAGCUCCAGUAUCUAAAACAAGUGAUUUUAUUUUGUAAUAUUCAGGUGAACGUGGCUCUAAUGUCCUCAUUAAUAAUGUUAAUAAAAUAAAACUGGGUGAGAAAUUAACUUCAAACAGUCAUCAUGUCAUCAACAAAACCAAAACCUUCAUUAGAGUUAAAAACACUUGAAGAAGUGCAUCAUGUGUGCCAAGGCUUUAGUGUAAAAGACACAACUCUCAGCUACUACCAUGCCGAACUUUAGCUCAUUAUCUGUAAAACUGACUGAGUUUUGUCACUUUAGCGACCGCUAAUGUCUGUUAGCUUUAGCCGUCGUACUGAAUCAAGCUGACUCCAAUAGUUGAUGAUGGUUUCAUUAAAAUCAACUGGUCCAUGAGAUAUUUUGCUAACAGACAGACAAUCGAAAAGUAUUUUUUUGUGAGAUGAGACCCUGUAGCUCAGAUUGUUUCACUCCAGCUCAGUUUUAGCCGUACAGCUAAAACACAAGAGACAGUAAGACCCCAAUGACCCUCAGGAGGGAGGAGAGGGAGCAACUAAACAUCUUCAACAGUCAGAACGACGCCCGGCUGUCUUCAGUUGAAUUUAUUUGGCCGUACGAGCCGAAGUUCCUGAGAGGAACCCUGGUUCUUUUUAAAAAUUUAUUUAAAAACCGACACCGACAGUAGUUUAGAAACUAGCAAAGAUUCCCUAAAUGUAAGUGAAGCUUUUUGUAUGCAAGAUCAGAAAAAAAAUCCCGUUAAACAUCUACCAAUCCUUGUCGGAAAGAAAACUGAUUACAGACACUUAAUUUCCCACCCAGUCUGAACUGUUUCUAAACAAGACAAAAAGUUCUCAUGGGGGCACAUUUAGGGCCUGGUGCCUUCAAACCUGAGGAUGGUACAGCAUCAAAUCACAAGGAAUAAGAUUAAUUACAACCCACUGUGGGAUGAAAAGACAAUUCAGCAUCAAAGUUGGUCUAUUGGAAAAAUAAAACUAAGCCAUUUACUUUUUAAAACAUGGCUGCUGGACUGAGCCUUUCACAGCCCAACAAAGACACAACGGACCUAAAACCUGGACCUAAAUUCUUCUGAAAGGACUUGAGAUCAUCUCACUGGACUCAAACUGAAACCGUACGUUCAUUAGCCAGCAUCAAAUGAAGAAACUCACCUUUAAACAGUAUUUUUUAAAUAUACUUGACGGAGUCAGUGUUUAAGUUUUUUAUUUUUCUCUUGUUUUCCAUAUACUGAGGACCACUGGAUGUUUGAAGGCCUUGAUGGCCGGAGAAAAGUUCUUCCACCUGAACAACUUUCCAUUUUCUGACUUAAAACUAAACAUCAGUGCUGGUUUUUCUCAGCUUCAUGUAUAAACUACCAGCAUUUAACCAGAUGAAGGGAAAUUCUUCUGAAUGCAAAUGUUUCUUUGUGGAUGCACCGGCUGUAGAUAAUACCUGUACAGUGUGUUCUGUUUUUAGUGGGGCCAGCAGCAUCCRGCUGGAGCUGACCUCUCAGAUUGCUUGAAUUAACUCAAUGAAUGCUCUCAAAAAGACUAAAGUCCAUCUGGGUUCUUCAGGCUGCUUGGGAUUUUUACACCAGAAACCUAAAACUUUUGUUUCAGCUUCUUUUUGUUCAGGUUUCACAUCAUGGAGUUGUCUUUGGGCUCCUGCUGUCUUCAGCCUGAAGAACCUCUUCAUGGUUGGUGUCUCACCGGGCUGCGACUGUUGGAGAGUCUCCAAAAUGUCUCCAGAGGUUUCGUGGAGUUCUUUACCUUCCGGCAGCACACACAGAGGUUCACAACCACUUGUCAUAUACAUUUAAACAUACUGAAAAAUUUUUUAAAUAAAUUUCCUCUUAAAUUA